GUUUCCAUGUCAGCCACGGGCGGCCCUAGCGAGGUGGACAGGGCCUACCCUCUAGACGGCGAGAAGACGAAGCUGACGCCCUUAGACUUCCCGACCCUGGGCGAGGAAGAGGACGAAGACGAGCUGGAGAACUGGAGGGGAGAGGAUGAGACCAGCACAGCGGCGGCGGCGGCGGCGGCGGAGGGAGAUUUAGAAGAAGGAGAAGAAAAAGAAGAAGAGGAGCCUUAUUUCGACGCGUCCAUGUUGCCUACCUACACCGCUUACCUGGGGAAGACGGCCACGCUCACCUGCAUCGUCCACGCCACGAAGAGUGACAAGUCGGUGUCCUGGAUCCGGGGUCGCGACCUGAGGAUCCUGACAGUCGGCCGCUACACCUACACGACGGACUUCCGCUUCGAGGCCAUCCACCAGGAGGCGAGCGCCGAGUGGACGCUGCGGAUCAAGUCCGUGCAGAGGAAGGACCAGGGCAGCUACGAGUGCCAGAUCACCACGAAGCCCAUCCGGACCUACAGCGUCUUCCUCAAGGUGGUCGAGCCCACGGUGGAGAUUCUGGGAGCACCUGACAUCUUCGUCAACAGAGCCUCUAUGAUCAACCUCACGUGCAUCGUGCGCCACGCCCCCUUCCCGCCCAAAACGAUAACCUGGUACCACGGCAACAAGGUGAUGAGUUACAUCUCCCCACGGGGAGGAGUGAGCGUGGUCGAGGAGCGUGGGGAGACCACCACCAGCUUCCUCCUGUUACAGAACGCCCACCCAUCCGACUCCGGAACUUUCGCCUGCCAUCCGGAAAAUAUGGAGCCGGCCAAGGUCACGCUCCACGUCCUCAACGGCGAGAAGCCAGCAGCCAUCGCAGCGAACUCCAGCAGUGUCAACUGCCAACCGCCGGGGCGGAUCUCGGCAAUAAUGGUGGUCGUGUUCAUUGCCAAGUGCGUCAUGACGUGAAUGGUUUAAAAACUGUAUCACUACCUGUGCUUUCUCGCGAUAUUUGACGAAUUCUUUAGUCCAGUCAAAUUAGGCGUGUGUUCAUACAUGGACAAGUCUCUUAUUGUGUUUCGUGUAAGUCACUGCGCAAAGAUUAGCCAAAAGAUGGCGUUGCACUCGCGGUAUAGCAAAGUUCCAGAAUAUUCUACUUGCAGAACUGGCCAUCUUUUAACCUUUCAAGAGCAACCCCAGCUUAUGGCUAACCAUCAUAUAGUGAAUUACAUACAUAAAUGAAAUAAGAGGUCUGUACCCAUGAAAUCAUUAUUGUUUCGAAUUUUGUACAUUUUAGUUGUAAUACUGUAAGUCCCUUUAAUGAGCUAAAAGUUGGUCUGCAUGUUCGUUAUCCCUUUAGAAAUAACAUUGUACAAGUCUGCCAUUGGUAUGCCUCCAGCUUUGCAAGUUAUCUUGGAAAUUAACUGCCAGUUUUCACUCUUUCUUGAAAUGUUCCUCUAAAAGUAAGGGCCAUGGUAAUUUAAAGCGAAUGUCAGCAAAUUCUUACCAUAUAGUGUACCCAGGGCCGUUUCUAGCUAUAGGCGGACUAGGCGAUUGCCUAGGGCCCCCAAGCCACCAUGGGCCCCCUGGGUAGCUUGGAAAAUUCAAAUUUCCCAAGCCACCUAGGGGCCCCCGAUGAAAAGUUGAAAUUUCCCUUUGCUUGCUAAAUUUGAUCCUGUCAUGAAGCACCACAUUGAGCGUGUUGAGAGUGGCCAGUUUAGUCAUUCCAGCUAUCUUGGAAAUAUCAUCCAAAAUGAACUUAUUGCCUCAAUCAGUGGGAAAAUAAUGGGGACAGUGGUGGCUGAGAUUAAACAAUUCAAAUAUUUAGUCAUUUUGGACUGUGCUCCCGAUAUAAGCUGCUAAGAACAGAUGUCAGUCAUCAUAAGGACUGUUAAAAUGGACAAAGCACCAGAAAUCUAGGAACAUUUUAUGGGAUUUCUUGUAGCUUCUGAAACAACAGGUCUUGGUUUGUCAGCAUUGAUUUUGAAGAAGCUAAUGGAGCUGAAUAUUCCUUUUGAUGAUUGCAAAGGACAAUCAUAUGAUAAUGGUGCCAACAUGAAAGGGAGGAACAAAGGAGUUCCAACCAGACUUCUUGAGAAGAACCCUCUUGCACUUUAUGUUCCAUGUGGUGCACAUUCCCUACACUUGGUAGUAUCUGAUGUAGCAACAGAUUCAACAGAUGCCAUCAGCUAUUUCGGCAAUGUACAGAAACUGUACAGCUUUUUUUCAGCAUCACCACAAAGAUGGGCAAUCCUAAGGGAACAUGUUACUGUUGCACUCAAGACUUGGAGUAACACAAGGUGGGGGAGCCGUUUUAACAGCAUAGAGGCUGUGCGGUACCAAGCCUCUAAUAUAAGGGAAGCUUUGCUGAAGAUCAGGGAAGUUACGGAUCCUCUGACCAAGGUAGAAGCUCAAAGUUUGGCAGAAGAGGUGGGGUCAUACCGAUUUAUCAUUUGUACAGUUGUAGCUGGUAUGGUAUGACAUUCUACACCAUGUGAACCAUGUCAGCAAGCUCCUGCAGUCUCCCAAAAUGCAUAGAUGUGGCAGUUGACCUCCUCACUAAAGCAAAAACAUCUCUGACUAACUACAGAAGAAAUGGCUUUGCUUCAGCUCAGACAUGUGUGAGGAAAUGAAUGUAGAGGUUGUACUCACAGAGAAGAGAUUAAGAAGCACAAAAAAGCACUUUGCUUAUGAAGGCCCAGAUGAGCCCAUUGCAGAUGCCAUGAAGAGGUUAAAAGCAACAUUCUUUAAUGUUGUUGACAAAGCCAUUCAAUCCUUAACUGAUAGAUUUGAAACACUGGGUGAAGUGAGAGGCAGAUUUGGAGUGCUGCUCAGUUUCCAAAAACUGGAUGAUUAGGCAUUGAACAACCAGUGUGACAACCUCUGCAUGACAUUAAGCGCUGGAAAUGAAAGUGACAUUGAUAGAAAGGAACUGGCUGUGGAAGUCAAAAACUUGCCAAGCUUACCCUCAGAUGAUAUGACUGCUCUUGAGCUCCUCACCUUUAUCCCUCCCCCCCCAAAAGAAAAAAAACAUUUGGAGGAACUGUAUCCCAAUCUGUGGGCUGCCCUGAGAAUCACCUGCACUCUGCCUGUGACUAUGGCGGCCUCAGCAGAGAGGAGCUUCUCAAAGCUGAAGCUCAUCAAGACCUAUCUAAGGUCUUCCAUGGGACUGGAUCGACUCACUGGUCUUGCAAUAAUGAUCAUCAACCAUGAGGUUGGCAAGCAGGUUGACGUCAUGUGAGGACAUCGCUCAUGAGUUUGCAAGUAAAAAAGCCAGGAAGCAGAUAUUUUGAGGACAAUACAUUGUUACAGUGAAUAAUUCGAAUUAUUAGUUGUUUUUCUGCUAAGUGUGACUGUGGUGUUAAUCAAGCAUUAUUUUAAGUGUUGGUUUUUUAUUGUCUUUGCACUUUGAAAUAGAUGUGAAAUGAAUAAAUGUGAGGUGUAAUAGUUUCUUGCAACUUAGUAGACCAUCUAAAGGGCUAGGAAUCGCUUCAUCAUAGUUUGACAAACCCCUCGGGGAUAAAUGAAGUGCCUACCUACUUAUCUAUCUAGGGGCCCCCAAACAGCAUCUUGCCUAGGGCUCCCACAAAGCUAGAAACGGCCCUGAGUGUACCCAAGCUAAAACCCCACUUGUGGCUUGAAGGAUUUCCACUGUGCAUAUUGACCUAGGGUCUCUGAGAUUUAUUUAAAGAUGCAUAUAGUCUACCUGUUUAUUCAUCACCAGCCACUGCCUGGCUUCUGUAGGUCUUAUGUGGGUCGAGACUCUGAAGAGGCAAUAAGUUGUCCCUUGCCUAUCUUGCUUAUUGAGGAAAUUUGAACCUUUACUGUAACCAUUGCUCCAGUCUCCAGAUAAGUAUUACACUCAGUGCCGCCCACACUGUGAAAUGUAUAGUAUCUAUGAUAUUCACCCAUGGUGUGUGCAUUACCUAUAGGUAUGAUCAAAAGUAAACAGUAUCAGAUAAAGUUUUCUGCUUUCUAUCAAUGUUAUGUGGAAAACUUCAGCCAACUAAGCUUCACUGCAGUGUUGCAGAGUUUGUUGUAGCUCUGAACUUGUGAAGCGUUUCAGACCUCACUACUGCUGGGGCUGACUGAUAGGUUUAUUUCAGUCAUCACUGAUAUAAUUAGUGGCAAGUAAUAUGACGAAGGCGCAAGCUAUGGUAAUCUUUAAUGGUAUAUUAACAUGAGCUGUGGCUAUUUGUAAUUUCCCUCUGCUUUCUGAGAGUUAUUUUUUGCUCCCUUGCAGCUAAUUUUUGUAAUAUUAAUUGAGGGUUAAUUGGUAAUUUUAUUCUUUACGGUCUUAGAAAAGUAUUGCACAUAUGUAAUGCCAUAUCGACCUCAUGCCACCUGAAUUAUAGUGGUUGAUGUGUAGAAUUGCUGUUGUGCUCAUAUAUACAAUUGUCUACCACUGAGUAUACAAAACAUUGCUUGGAAUAUUAUUUAUUUAUUUAUUCAUCAAUAAACAGGCGUAUUUGACAUGCAUAGCAAAUCUGUGCCCUCGCCUGAUCAGACAUUUUUACUUACCAGUAAUCUACCUUACUCCCUCCAUGUCUUCGUGUCCAAACAACCUCAAUCAAAAACUGUCUGACAGACAAUAUUUUUGUUUAUGGACUGAACUUCAAGAUUUUGUGUAAAUUAAAACUACGGGCAUUGCCAUUCAUGAUGUCUUCAGUCUGUUUUUUUCGGCGCUGACAGUAAAAACCUUCAGCCAAUAUCACUUUUAACCAAUGGUCGGUACUUAGCAUCGACUUCCACCAAUCACAGUGAGUUCCGUGAUGUCAGUUGUGGAUUUUUACCGUCUGUUUUCUCUUCAGUUAUCAUUAGCUUCCUCUUUGCUUUAAUCACCCUAUUCACUCUUGGACUUAACUGGAUUUUCUUCUGGAGAGAGAGAGAGUUGCUCAAAUGUUUUUAGUUCCCUGACUCCAAAAAUAAAACGCUCAGUUUCCUUUGGAAGUUGGAAGUUUGAUACCAUAUGGUUCGACCUAAAUUUCUGUACAAAAAGCAUUCUUUCGAGCUACCAUUAAUCAUAUUCUCUCUCUCUCUAGCCCACUCAAGUAUUUGCAUAACCGUUUUAACACGGUCCAUUUCACUUGAAAACAAUUUAUCUCCGCUCUUACGAAGAAUUAUGCAGAAAAUAGAUAAGCAAAUGGGUAAAUUGAAUACGUAUAAGACGCAAAGGAAACUUGUACACACGCAAGUGAAAGAAGUGUGUACGCAGCAUAAUAAACACUGCACAUUUAAGUCAAAUUAGGUAAAGAAUUGUCACAGUUUUCCACUGGCUUAAAUUUCUAAACAGCAUGCAUACCAAUUUCCAGCUCAUAAACUCCCCA